CUGUGGUGAGAGAGAUGCGGGGGUCAAAGCCGCAGGUACUGAAUGGGGCUUGUUCUUCAUAUUGAAUGGAUACCAAAUAGACUUAAUUGUUAACCCAACAUGGCCUGUAGAAGGAAAGGAAAUCACAGACAUUUUCUCCCUUCCUCCUUCUCCACUGUGAACUCUUAUAAGCCUCCAGUAUGUGCAAGUCAAAUCCAUCGUAUAUGCAUGGUAUCUGACUUUUUUUAUCCAAAUAUGGGAGGAGUGGAAAGCCACAUCUACCAAUUAUCUCAGUGCCUAAUUGAAAGAGGACACAAAGUUAUAAUAGUCACCCAUGCUUAUGAAGACCGUAAAGGUAUCCGUUACCUCACGAAUGGGCUGAAAGUUUAUUAUUUACCGCUAAGAGUUAUGUACAACCAGUCUACAGCAACAACUCUCUUCCACAGUCUGCCUCUUCUCAGGUAUAUAUUUGUACGGGAAAGAGUCACCAUUGUACAUGCACAUAGUUCGUUUUCUGCUAUGGCUCAUGAUGCACUGUUCCAUGCCAAGACAAUGCAGCUACGGACAGUUUUUACAGAUCACUCCCUUUUUGGAUUUGCGGAUGUCAGUUCUGUGCUUACAAAUAAACUCUUGACUGUAUCAUUGUGUGAUACAAACCACAUAAUAUGUGUUUCUUACACAAGCAAGGAGAACACUGUGUUGAGAGCAGCGCUGAAUCCUGAGAUAGUUUCUGUCAUCCCUAAUGCUGUUGAUCCUACUGACUUCACUCCAGAUGAAUCUAGAUGGGACAACGACACAAUAACUAUUGUUGUUGUCAGCAGGCUUGUAUAUAGAAAAGGUAUAGAUUUGCUUAGUGGUAUAAUUCCUGAGCUUUGUCAGAAGUAUCCAGAUUUACAUUUCUUAGUUGGAGGAGAAGGACCAAAAAGAAUUAUAUUGGAAGAGGUACGGGAAAGAUACCAGCUACAUGACAGAGUCCGUCUCCUGGGAGCUUUAGAACAUCAGGAUGUCAGAAACGUCUUGGUCCAGGGGCACAUUUUUCUUAACACCUCUCUCACAGAAGCAUUUUGCAUGGCAAUAGUGGAAGCAGCCAGUUGUGGUUUACAGGUGGUGAGUACAAGAGUUGGUGGGAUUCCUGAGGUGCUACCAGAUGAUCUUAUAAUCUUAUGUGAGCCUUCAGUGAAAUCUCUGUGUAAUGGAUUGGAAAAAGCUAUCAGCCAAUUGAAGUCAGGAUCACUUCCAUCUCCAGAAAUCAUACAUAGCAAAGUUAAAACGUUCUACACUUGGAGAAAUGUUGCAAAGAGAACAGAAAAAGUGUAUGACAGAGUGGCAAGUGAAACUGUAUUUCCAAUGAGCACACGGCUUGACAGACUUGUGUCUCACUGUGGCCCAGUGACUGGUCGCAUUUUUGCUCUCUUGGCUGUGCUAAGCUUUCUUUUUCUGGCACUCCUGAGGUGGCUGACACCAGAUGACCUUAUCGAUCCUGCAAUAGAUGCCACGGGCCUAAAUGGUGCAUGGACUCGACAGUAUUUCCCCAAUGAAAGCAAAAAAGGAAAGAGUUCAAACUCUGAAAAGUGCUAGAAACUGAAAGACAGGGCUUCAUUUUCUGACAGUUCUGGCAUUGGUUGUUAGAUUUACAUUCACCAACAGAAAAAUGUUUAUAAAUUAUUGGUCAGCCUUCCUUAAUGAUUGGAAAGAAAAUCGGUAAGAUGUUCUACCUCAGAUUAGACAGUCUAAAUGGUUAUGGAUAGACAUGCUUGCUAAGAUUUGCAACAAUAGCAGUUUGUGUUUAUUUCCACUUGAAUUAUUUUGUAUAAAUGUGGACUAUCAUUGUGACUAUUAAUGGGAGAAAUCA